ACUUCUGCGACCAAGGGCCUUAAACAUAAACUACACCGCUCCUCUUCUGGACGGAGCUCCUACAUCUGGUUUUAAACACAUUGUGCGGCUGGUCAGUGCACAACAGCCAUGCAGGCUCAGGAAGUCCUGAGACAGCUGCGGAUUCCCGAGCUGGAUGAAGUCCGGCAGUAUUUGCGCGGAUUGCCCACCAAUGCGCUCAUGGGCAUGGGUGCCUUCGCUGCCCUCACCACCUACUGGUUCGCCAGCCGGCCAAAAGCCCUCAAGCCACCUUGUGACCUUGGCGCACAGUCAGUGGAAAUACCAGGUGAAGAACGUAUCAGAAGGUCCAUACUAAACAACAGCGAUGAGCCCAUGACACACUUCUAUGAUGAUGGACGCACGAUGUACGAGGUGUUUCUACGAGGGCUCCGAGUAUCAAAUGAUGGACCCUGUUUAGGAUCAAGAAAACCAAACCAACCUUACGAGUGGCAGUCAUACCGACAGGUGGCAGACAGGGCAGAGCACAUUGGCUCUGCUCUACUUCACAGAGGACACUCGCACACAGGAGACAAGUUCGUUGGCAUCUUUUCCCAGAACAGACCAGAGUGGACCACUUCAGAGCUGGCUUGUUACACAUAUUCCCUCGUGGCAGUUCCGCUGUAUGACACACUUGGCACAGAGGCCAUCUCCUACAUAAUUGACAAAGCCGCCAUCUCAUCAGUGAUCUGUGACGUACCCGAAAAGGCUCAAAUGAUUCUGGAGUGCGUAGGUAGAAAAGGGCGAACAGUGAAGACAAUUGUGGUAAUGGAGGCCUUCGACAGUGACCUGGUGACUCGCGGAAAGGAGUGUGGUGUUGAUAUACUGAGUCUGAAGGAGUUUGAGGCCUUAGGUAAAGCAAACCGCAAGAAACCAGUGCCUCCUACACCAGAUGACCUUGCACUUAUCUGCUUUACAUCUGGAACCACAGGAAACCCAAAAGGUGCAAUGCUUACUCAUGGAAAUGUCAUCUCCAACACUGCAGCUUUCAUUAGAGUAACACAGGUACACUGCAUGCUGAGUCUUCAUGACAUUCAUGUAUCCUAUCUCCCCCUAGCUCAUAUGUUUGAGAGGGUUGUGCAGGGUGUCAUCCUCAUCCACGGGGCUCGUAUCGGAUAUUUCCAAGGAGACAUUCGGCUUUUGAUGGAUGAUUUGAAGACGUUGCAGCCAACAGUGUUCCCGGUGGUCCCGCGUCUCCUUAAUCGCAUGUUUGAUAAGGUGUUUGGUCAAGCCAACACGCCGCUGAAGAGAUGGCUGCUUGAGUUUGCUUUUAGGAGGAAGGAGGCAGAGCUUCGUAGCGGUGUGAUCAGAAGAGAUAGCAUGUGGGACAAACUCAUCUUCAAAAAAGUGCAGGCCGGUCUGGGUGGACGUGUGAGGCUCAUGAUUACAGGCGCAGCACCCGUGUCCCCAACUAUCCUGACAUUCCUACGAGCUGCUCUGGGCUGUCAGUUUUAUGAAGGUUACGGCCAGACUGAAUGCACAGCUGGGUGCUCCAUGUCUAUGCCUGGAGACUGGACAGCAGGCCACGUCGGGCCUCCUCUGCCCUGCAACAGUAUCAAACUGGUGGAUGUGGCAGAAAUGAAUUACCUGGCAGCCAACGGAGAGGGAGAGGUGUGUGUCAAAGGACCAAAUGUAUUUCAGGGAUACCUGGAUGACCCUGAUAGGACAGCUGAGGCAAUAGACAAGGAUGGAUGGCUGCACACAGGGGACGUUGGGAAAUGGCUUCCUAACGGCACUCUGAAGGUCAUCGACAGAAAGAAACACAUUUUCAAGCUGGCACAAGGAGAAUACAUCGCCCCCGAGAAAAUAGAAACAGUCUAUAAUCGUAGUGAUCCAGUGGCUCAGAUAUUUGUUCAUGGUGAUAGCUUACAGGCAUGUCUGGUGGGAGUCGUGGUACCCGAUCCUGACUUUUUACCGAUUUGGGCCAAGAACAAAGGCAUUCAAGGAUCCUACUCUGAUCUGUGCAAUAACAAGGAUGUGAAGACUGCCAUUCUGGAGGACAUCCUGAGGUUAGGCAGAGAAGCAGGACUCAAGUCUUUUGAACAGGUGAGAGACAUCGCGUUACAUCCUGAGAUGUUUUCUGUCCAGAAUGGCCUGCUGACCCCCACCCUGAAAGCCAAGAGGAAUGAGCUCCGGAGCUGCUUCAGAGAGCAGAUUGAUGAACUUUAUGCCAAAAUCAAGAUGUGAGCUGGGAAGGUGACAAUCAUGUAGAGCACACAGCCAGAACCAAAUAGUUAACUGAAGAGGACAUCGUCCCCCCUCCCGACUCUCUGCCAAUGACACGUUUGUAGAGACUGUUUUUGAACAAACUGUGUAACAAAUCUCAGUUCUGACUUCAUCUUGUUAUUGUACCACUAGAUUUUCCCUUCAGAACAUGUCGUGUUCAUGUUGCUGGUAUUAUUUAUUCAAGGAUAAAGAUAAAAACAUGCAAAGGGGAGAUGUGACUUGCUUAUGCCUUAAAUGCCAAAAACCUACUACUUCAUGGUCAGAAACGUCCGGCCUCUGAACACAUUUCUGAUUAUUUUUCCAUUCUUGGGAGCUGGGAGAUUUUAAACAUGCUUUUCCAACAGUGACACAUAUUAACUAUUUAUAUAUCAGACUAAUGUUUUGGUAAUCUAUUUAAGCUGAUAUUUAAUGUAAUCAUAACACCUGUAAAUAGUGUAUUUACUGAGAAGUUAUGUGUGUAUCUUGUGUAUUCUGUGUUAUUAAUUCCCUGCAUUCCCAUGUUUCAGGACAGGACGGCCAAUGAGCCUGUUUAAGAACACAAUGUAGUGAGCAGCCUGUUGGGAACCAUGUUGUCUGACAGAUUUUAUGUCUCUUUUUUUUGGUGGGCUUUUGGGGUUUUCUUCUGUUAACAAUGCAUGGGAAAUAUUGAAUGUUACUACGUGUUUCUUCUCUUAGACGUCUUUUCAAUUUUCAGUGCCACAGGCUGCAGGAUGAAACUGCACACUGCCAUUUGUGUGAUGAACAAGUAAUCAGCAUAAAUAUCUGCCAACGAUGAUAUCACAGUUAAUUUUAAGAAGUCACUGAUGGUCAAUAAUGCUGCAGAUUUGUGUUAAACGGAGCAGCAUUUCAGCUGUUGGACAAAAAAAACGUUUGUUGUUAAUUCAGAUGUUUGGGCUGAAUUAUGAUCGAUGUGCACAUGUAAUCAUGUUGAGGCCUCCUUAACAGCUAAAGCCAUAUUGUUCGAGUUUUUUUAAGGAAACUUACAGUAAGAAAAGGGCAAAGGUGCAGUUUUGUGCUGGAGUAUCUAUAUUUGUCGACUGUACCAAAUAAACAUUUUCUUCAGACGCU